GACGUGCUGUCUAUUCUUCGUCUCCACCUCACGCCUCUUUAUCCCACGAACUUCUGAUCGAUCUCUUCUCUCCCUCAUGGGAGUCGCAACUGCGACGCUCUGCCGCCAUGGACUUCAAGCCAGUAGCCAACUCCGGUCGGGUUCUUGCGCGUGCCUUCAUUGGAACGUCUUUCAUUCUGAUGAUAAUCACGUCGACAUUAGUCACAGCUAGAAUAUGGACAAGGUUAUAUCCAGCAUUCCGGGUGUCUUGGGACGAUCUCUUUGCUGUAGUUUCAUAUUGUUGCGUUAUAACUACUACCGUUCUUCUACUUCAGACCGUGAAGCAUGACUUCGGUAACAAAGAUACGACAAAAUUAUCACUCCAAGAUUUCCAAGACGCCUUUAUGUUCGCAGUUAUCGCAGAGAUAUUCUGGAUGUUGGGCAUAGCUUUUACCAAAUUAUCUGUCGCAUUCAUGCUCCUCCGGUUCGAGCAAGCACGAUACAUGCGCAACUUUCUGUGGUUUUUCGUCGGCGUCCUUGUCGUCGUGUGCAUACUAAGCGUCUUGUCUCAAGCACUACAGUGCAUACCUCUUCGUGCAGCUUGGGACUUCACGAUCAGACCGAAAGCCAAAUGUCUCUCCAUGGAAGCCCAAGGAGGGAUUGCAAUAGCCAUCAACUGCAUCAACGUAAUAACAGAUGUCCUGUUUGCACUACUUCCAAUAUCGUUCCUACGAAAAGUGCAACUCCCACUCCGUGAACGCAUCAUCCUCGGAGUUCUGAUGGGCUUAGGCCUCUUCGCGGGUAUCGUUGCUGCAGUCAAAACAUACUACCUAACAAGAUUCUUCGUCGGUAAUCCUAUCAUCAAUGCGAUUCGCGUUGGCUUUUUGAGUUCUACGGAAGCUUUACUUGCAUUGGCUACCUGCUGUAUCCCAUGCCUCCGCGCGCUUUUCCAGCGGAUACUCGAACGGUUCGGCUUAGCGUCCCCGCGCCCUCCGCACAACGACUCCUCGUACGAUGGAGGAAUUUCUACCUCCCGAUCGCGUACAAGAAAGACAACCUCGACAGCAUCAGGCAUCAACAUGAACAACCUCAUGAGAGGUGACGAUAAUCGUUCAGAAACACGGGCCCUCACGGAGUCAGAUGAAGAAGACAACACGUACGAAAAUGUUUGGCAAUCCACUCAACGGCAAGUGCAGAGAGAAGUGGAAGAGCUGGAGCGAAUACGGAGGGGACAUACUCGAGCGCUGCCUCCGGCUGACAGUGUAGAGGCACUGGACACGUAUCAAGAGGGCCCCUCUCCAACACUUUCUACGAAGAAGAAACGAUUACGAAUAAGCAGUUGGGAUCAAAAUGAAGGCGAGGAGCCUGGUGGGAGCUCAAGUAAAAAAGGGGCGGGAAAAUGGUGGUCAAAAAUAUGA